AAGAAACAAACAAGUAACAAUGUAACUUACAUGCAGUCACACACCCCUUUUUCUUGUAACAAUGUGUACGUUUUUAAGGAGGGAGGGGGCGCGCAGAGGGAGAAAGAGAGACGGAGAGAGACUGAGAAAGGAGGAGGGGGGUGCGUUCUGAAAUAAUAUAGUCAGCCAUUUUUUAUGUAAGGGGAUUUUUUCUUAUUGGGGGGGUUGUUAAAAAAUAAAUAUAAGAGGGCGGCCAUCUUUGUUGCUCUGCCUAGUGUAAAAUAUUCCAAAACGCCCCCCACUUUUUUCUGUGCCGAUUUGAAUAUUAAAUAAAUAUCAUAUAUUCGGGCAAGAAUACGCUUUUUUGAAUACAAGGACGGAUCCAAUGACAGGAGUAUAAUGUCCUCUCCUCUCCGGUCCUGUGAGGAAGACGAGGGCAUGGUGGUUAAUUCCGAGGGAGGAGAUUUUGAUGAAGAAGACGACGACGGAGACCUAGACGAGAACGCAAGCGACAUAAACUCGCCGGCGGCGCCUCGGGAAACUGCAACACCAGCCGCGCCAGACGAAGAGGCGGAAAUAUCUGACAGGGAAGUCCCGUGCAGGAAGAAAGGACGGCCGAAGAAAAAGAAGGACACAAAGAAGAAAGACAAAGAGGGGAAACCCGUCAAAGCAAAGAAGCGCAAGAAGAUUGACAGUGAUGUAGAGAGAGACUCAGACAGAGAAAGAGACUACGGUGACAACUCAGACAGUGUAGCCAGCGACUAUGGAUCUGGUGAGAAAAAGAAAAAGAGGAAACAUAAAGAAAGGAAGGAGAAGAAAACCAAGAAGAAGAAAAAAGACGAUGGGGACCGAGACAGCAGUCAGGAGGAAACAACAAAGCAACCGAUAGAGCAGAAGACCUCAGCCCAGCUGGCAAAGGAGUGGGGUCUGGAGGAUGUUGAUCAUACCUUCACUGAGGAAGACUACAGGGAACUCACCAACUACAAAGCCUUCAGCCAGUUCAUGAGGCCCAUGAUAGCCAAGAAGAACCCUAAGAUCCCCAUGUCAAAGAUGAUGACCAUCCUGGGGGCUAAAUGGAGGGAGUUCAGCUCCAACAACCCCUUUAAGGGCAACGCAGCCGCUGUUGCUGCGGCUGCUGCAGCCGCCGCCAUUGCUGUCGCCGAGCAGGUCUCUGCAGCAACCGCCUCGCCUGAGCCGCCACCUCAACCGCCGCCGAUCCGAAAGGCCAAGACUAAAGAGGGCAAAGGCCCAGGCUACAAGAAACGCAGUAAAAGUCCUCGAGUCCCAGACAAGAAAAAGGCUUCGGCUGUAGCCAAGGCUAAAAAGAUGGCACCCAUUCGUAUUAAACUAUCGCCCAUAGGCGCCAAGAGGAAGAAGAGCUGCUCAAGCGAGGACAUGGACGAGGAUGAGUCUGAGCAGGAGGACUCCAGCGUGCACAGCUCCUCAGUUCGAUCUGACAGCUCUGGCCGUGUGAAGAAGAGCAAACGAGGACGGCCGGCCAAGAAGAAGAAGAAAAUUCCAGGUGGUGAAGAGGAAGGUGAUGGCUAUGAGACCGACCAUCAGGACUACUGCGAAGUGUGUCAGCAGGGUGGCGAGAUCAUACUGUGCGACACUUGUCCCCGAGCUUACCACCUCGUCUGCCUUGAGCCUGAGCUGGACAAGGCCCCCGAGGGCAAAUGGAGCUGCCCGCACUGCGAAAAAGAGGGAAUCCAGUGGGAAGCAAAAGACGAGGACUUUGAGGAUUUCGAGGAGGACAGUGAGGACAGAGUGAUUUCAGAGGUCGGGGUGGGGGUGCCCACCGGCGCGGAGGAGGAAGACGACGACCACAUGGAGUUCUGCCGGGUGUGUAAAGAUGGAGGUGAACUGUUGUGCUGUGACACCUGCACAUCCUCCUACCACAUCCACUGUCUAAACCCUCCGCUACCAGAGAUCCCCAAUGGAGAGUGGUUGUGUCCGCGAUGCACGUGUCCGCCAAUCAAAGGACGUGUCCAGAAGAUCCUCCACUGGCGGUGGGGUGAGCCUCCGCCUCCCAUUCCCGUGCCCCCGGCUCCUGACGCCCCACCCGACGCCCCCCUGCCACCUCCCAUGAAGGGCAGAGCCGAGAGGGAGUUCUUUGUCAAGUUGGCCGGGCAGUCAUACUGGCACUGCACAUGGAUCACUGAGCUGCAGCUGGAGAUCUUCCACUCGGUGAUGUACAGAAACUACCAGAGGAAGACAGACAUGGACGAACCUCCAAGCCUGGAUUACGGGUCGGGCGGAGAGGAUGAGAACGGAGUGGGAAAGAGCGAGAAGAGGAGGGCCAAAGACCCCCAGUACGCCAUCCUGGAGGACAAGUACUACAGAUAUGGCAUCAAGCCUGAGUGGAUGAUGAUCCACCGCAUCAUCAACCACAGUGUGGACAAGAAGGGGAUGUACCACUACCUGGUCAAGUGGAGAGACCUGACCUAUGACCAGUGCACCUGGGAGAGAGACGACAUGGAGAUCCCUGACUUUGUCAUUUACAAGGCAAACUACUGGAGACACAGAGACGCUAUAAUGAAGGACGACCCAGACAAACCCAGGAAGAUGAGGAGCAAGAGCCAGGAGGGUGAUGACGACUCUCCUGCCUCUCCGGUCACUGAUCCUACGAUAAAAUACGAGGAGCAGCCAGACUUCGUCACAUCGACAGGCGGUACGCUGCACCUGUACCAGCUGGAGGGUCUGAACUGGCUCCGGUUUUCUUGGGCACAGGGCACUGACACCAUCCUGGCAGAUGAGAUGGGGCUGGGCAAGACCAUCCAGACCAUCGUCUUUCUUUAUUCCCUCUUUAAAGAGGGCCACACUAAAGGUCCGUUCCUGGUCAGCGCCCCGCUCUCAACCAUCAUCAACUGGGAGAGGGAGUUUGAGAUGUGGGCGCCCGACUUCUACGUGGUGACAUACACAGGAGACAAGGACAGCAGAGCCAUCAUCAGAGAGAACGAGUUCUCCUUCGACGACACGGCUGUCAAACAAGGAAAAAAGACCUUCAAGCUGAGGAGGGAAGCUCCUAUUAAAUUCCACGUGCUGCUGACCUCCUACGAGUUGGUGACCAUCGACCAGACGGCGCUGAAGUCUAUCGACUGGGCCUGUCUGGUGGUGGACGAGGCUCACCGCCUUAAGAAUAACCAGUCCAAGUUUUUCAGGCGUCUGAACGAUUAUAAGAUCGACCACAAGCUGCUGCUGACAGGAACUCCACUACAGAACAACCUGGAGGAGCUGUUUCACCUGCUCAACUUCCUCACCCCCAACCGCUUCAAUAAUCUUGAGGGCUUCCUGGAAGAGUUCGCCGACAUCUCCAAGGAGGACCAGAUCAAGAAGCUCCACGACCUGCUGGGGCCUCACAUGCUGCGGAGGCUGAAGGCCGAUGUCUUCAAGAACAUGCCCGCCAAGACGGAGCUGAUUGUCAGAGUGGAGCUGAGCCCGAUGCAGAAGAAAUACUACAAGCUUAUUCUGACCAAGAACUUCGAGGCUCUGAACUCGAAAGGCGGAGGAAACCAGGUCUCCCUGCUCAACAUUAUGAUGGACCUAAAGAAGUGCUGCAACCAUCCCUACCUCUUCCCGGUCGCCUCCAUGGAAGCCCAAAAAACACCGAGCGGUGCUUACGAGGGGUCGGCCCUAACCAAGGCUUCUGGGAAACUGAUGCUGUUGCAGAAGAUGCUGAGGAAACUGAAAGAGCAGGGGCACCGAGUACUGGUCUUCUCACAGAUGACUAAAAUGUUGGACUUACUAGAAGAUUUCCUGGACUAUGAAGGUUAUAAGUAUGAAAGGAUCGAUGGCGGCAUCACGGGAGCGCUAAGACAGGAGGCCAUCGACCGCUUCAACGCUCCUGGCGCUUGUCAGUUUUGUUUCCUGCUCUCCACCAGGGCCGGAGGUUUAGGCAUCAACUUGGCCACAGCAGACACCGUCGUCAUCUUCGACUCUGACUGGAACCCUCACAACGACAUACAGGCAUUCAGUCGAGCUCACCGCAUCGGGCAGGCCAACAAGGUAAUGAUCUACCGCUUUGUGACGCGAGCCAGCGUGGAGGAGCGCAUCACUCAGGUGGCCAAAAGGAAGAUGAUGCUGACCCACUUGGUGGUCCGGCCGGGCCUGGGUUCCAAGGCUGGCUCCAUGACCAAGCAGGAACUGGACGACAUCCUCAAGUUUGGAACAGAAGAGCUCUUCAAGGAUGAAAUAGAAGGUAUGAAGAAUUCUUCAGGGGAUAAAGUUGAGGAUGAGGGCAACGUGAUCCACUAUGACAGCACCGCCAUCGAGAGGCUGCUCGACCGAAGCCAAGACGCAACGGACGACACCGACGUCCAGAACAUGAACGAGUACCUCAGCUCCUUUAAAGUGGCCCAGUACAUGGUCCGAGAGGAGGAUAAGAUCGAGGAGAUCGAGCGGGAGAUCAUCAAACAGGAGGAGAACGUGGAUCCAGAUUAUUGGGAGAAACUGUUGCGGCAUCACUACGAGCAGCAACAAGAGGACCUGGCGAGCAAACUGGGCAAAGGCAAGAGGAACCGCAAGCCCGUCAACUACAACGACGCCGCACAGGAAGACCAAGAGUGGCAUGCUGACAUUUCAGAUAACCAGUCCGAGUACUCAGUGGGCUCCGAGGAGGAGGACGAAGACUUUGACGAUCGGCCAGAGGGUCGAAGGCAGUCACGUCGCCAGUUGAGGAAUGAGAAGGACAAACCUCUGCCUCCCCUUCUGGCCAGAGUCGGAGGCAACCUUGAGGUGCUGGGCUUUAACACACGCCAGCGAAAGGCUUUCCUGAACGCAGUGAUGCGCUGGGGGAUGCCAUCUCAGGACGCUUUCUCCUCUCAGUGGCUGGUCAGAGACCUCAGGGGCAAGACUGAGAAAGAAUUCAAAGCUUACGUGUCUCUUUUUAUGCGUCACUUAUGCGAGCCGGUGGCCGACGGGGCCGAGACGUUCGCCGACGGCGUACCGAGGGAGGGCUUGUGUCGGCAGCCGGUCCUCACUCGAAUCGGCGUCAUGUCACUCGUCAAGAAGAAGAUCCAGGAAUUUGAGCACAUCAACGGGCGGUGGAGUCUUCCAGAGCUCAAGCCUGAGGUCAGCAUAGACAAAACCUCUUCCAGGGCCUCCUCUCCAGCCGUGAAGACCGCCACACCCACCCCCGACGCCAGCUAUAACACCACGCCAUGCACCUCCAAGCCAGCGACCCCUGCUCCAGCAGACAAGCUAGAAAAGAACGGGAAAGAGGGAGAGAAAGAGGACAAAGAGGAAGGCGAGGCCUCGUCGGAGAAAGAGAAAGCGAAGGAGAAAGACAAAGAUGAAGGGAAAGAGGUGGACGGCAACAAGGCCACUGACCCCGAAGAGCUUUCCUCAUCACAAAAUGCAUCUCCCGGUCAAAAAACUGAAGGCAAAGACGAGAGCGACGUGAAAGAGGAGGAGAAGAAAGAGACAAGUGACGCUCCAGCCGCCACAACAGAGGAGAAAAAAGUACAGGAGGAGGGCAAAGAGGAGACAAAACAAACAACAAAGCAAGACACGGAGGUCAAAGAAGAGAAAUCAGACGCAGAAAAGUCAGGAGAGGAGAAGGACAAAGAAAAAGAAAAGCGAGAGGAGACGCCCACCGCAACGGAAACAACAGACGCCAAGGAUAAGAGCGAGGCUGCUGACAUGAAGAAAGAGGAGGUCAAAGGUGAAAAGGAUGCUGGGAAAGAACUCAAAGUAGCUAAGGAGGAGGUGCCCAAAGGUAACGGGAGACCUCCCAUUGAGCGACCCCGCUUCAUGUUCAACAUCGCUGAUGGAGGCUUCACUGAGCUGCACACUCUCUGGCAGAACGAGGAGCGGGCUGCCAUCUCCUCAGGGAAGAUGAACGAGAUCUGGCACCGUCGACACGACUUCUGGCUGCUGGCGGGAAUCGUGAUUCACGGCUACGCUCGGUGGCAGGACAUCCAAAAUGAUCCCCAGUUCGCCAUCGUCAACGAGCCUUUCAAGUCGCAGGCGAAUAAAGGCAACUUCCUGGAAAUGAAGAACAAGUUCCUGGCUCGGCGCUUCAAGCUGUUGGAGCAGGCGCUGGUGAUCGAGGAGCAACUGCGACGGGCGGCGUACCUGAACAUGACUCAGGACCCCAGCCACCCGGCCAUGGCGCUCAACGCACGCUUCACCGAGGUGGAGUGCCUGGCGGAGUCGCACCAGCACCUCAGCAAAGAGUCGCUGGCGGGCAACAAACCAGCCAACGCUGUCCUCCACAAAGUGCUGAACCAGUUGGAGGAGCUCCUGAGUGACAUGAAGGCCGACGUGACCCGGCUACCGGCCACGCUGUCCAGAGUCCCACCCAUCGCCGCCCGCCUGCAAAUGUCCGAGAGGAGCAUCCUCAGCAGACUGGCCAGCAAGGGCACCGAGACGCACACACCCCCGCCCAUCCCUCCAGGACCCUACGCCACCCCUCAGAACUACGGAGCACCCUUCACCCCCGCCCCCCCGAGCGCCCUACACAUGGGAGGGGCCAACUACAGUCAGAUGCCGCCUGGAUCCUUCAUAUCAGUUCUGAACGGGCCUCCCAUGUCUGUAAAGAAAGAGCGGGAAGUCGAGCUGCUAGUCAACCGACGGGAGCAGCGCAGCGGAGAGGUCAUCUGUAUCGACGACUAGACUACAUGCACACACACACGCACACACACACGCACAAAUACACACUCACACACACUGAAACCCAUCUGCUGCAAAAGGUAUCUCCAAUUCCUCUCUAAGAAAGUUGAGUUUCGGUGGUAAAAGCUCGUCAAAAUGCCACCUUUUUUUGAACCACACAUCCAGUAUUAAAAAUUACUGACUGACUGAGGGUGUACUUAUUGACUUAUUAUUGACUAGUGAUUGUAGUAGCUUCAGUUGACACACACAGACACACACACACAGAAAGAAAUGUACAUGUCUCCACUACACAAGUCUUCUAAACUUUUACUCCGCUGACUGGUACUCCCCAACCACACAUGCACAUGUGCACUUACUGUCCACGGACACACACACACAUAAACGCACUUACGCACUCACACACACAUACAUCUAAACACAGUCCAUAUUGUCUCAUAACUUCUUGUGACCUUUUCUUGUCUGCCUCAAACCAUUAUACUCCUCAUAAACGGCCUCUUCACACAGGCCGCCUCCUCCUCUAGGGAUGCUUCUAACCUCUACACACACAUAGAUACUUACUUUAAACACACACACACACACACAUACAACACUCACUUCACCUCAAUCCUACAACCUUUAGAUCUCAAUAUAUCCCUCCUCCUCCUCCUCCUUUCCCGGAUCCUUAAACUCUUGACAGGAAGCUGCAUGUGAAAUUAAACUCAUUUCUACCGCCACACUCCGCCCCCUGAAGCAUGCUCUAAUCACAAUAAUGCUGUCUCGUGGAAAGGAUAAAAAAAAAAGAGAGAAGAAGAAAGAAAAACUUGGUAUCAAGCUGUGCCUACAGUCAUUUCUAAUUCUCAGAGAGGCUGAAACCCCAAUUUUGUCAGUCCGAGCAGCUCCAAGCACAGCUCCAGCUUUUGUUUCGCUUAUUUCAAUGGUACAUGUUCAUAUAAACACACGCAGCGGGAUGUGAGACUCAUAUUCAGGACUUGUUUGACCACAUAAAGUAUUUGCCGCCAUCCUAUCCCUCCUGUCCCGAUGACGGUUGGUUAACGUUUGUGUACAGCUUUGAGGUAUUUUUUUGGGAGGGGCGUUUGUUCCAGAAAAGGUCUCGCGACAACGCUAUUUUUCAGAAACCUCCUAUGAAUGUUUAUAACCUUUCAUAAGCAAGUCAGUGUUAUUAAAACCUAUCGAUCACCCUGAACACCCCUCUCCCUUUUCCCCCUUCCUCUCAAUCAAUCUUUUCUCCUGUUUUAUGUUUUCCAAGUUUCUAUUUCUUUCUACAAAACUCCUGUGAUAUACUUUGCAUAUUUAAACAGCUCAUUCGUGUUCUCUUGUGUUUUUACUCUCUCGCGACUUAUGAGUAUUGUUGUCGUCGAUGUUGCUGUUGUUCUCGCUGUUGCUAUUCGAGAAAGAGCUUCUACCAAAAGAGACAUUUUUUUGUAACAAGGAACUAUGAAAAAUGAUACCGUAUGUGCGACACACGAUGCACCUCUUUGCAAUGUUUGUCCUAUAAUUACAAGAGAACGAAGAAGUUGAGCUAACUUCAGAAGUAGAUAUAUUACAAGAAAACUCAUUCUUCUUGCUUACAUUUUAGAUUUGGGGCUUGCAAAUGAUAUAUACAUAUAUAGAUCAUAGGCCAUAUGUAACCCUAAAUGCUUCCACGAGCAAAAAGAUAAUGUAUACUAUCUAACCCCAGUAAAAGUACUCGGUUAAUAUCUGGAAAAUCAGAGGCUGGAAGUCCAUUUUAUACACUGCAUCAUUAAAAAACGCCUUAAUUAACAUAGCUGAACAAAUGUAAAGUCAUCAAAGUGAAUUAAGAACCUGAUGUCAACCUGUAAAUCCUCGUCAGAUUAGUCCGUUUUAAGUUAAGAAUUUAAAAAAAAACAACAAAACAAGAUAGCUAGGAGUUAAUUUAGCUCAUAAACCCUGGAUAUUUUACACUGAUCUACCCAGGAAAUAGUCCGUUUUUAAAAAUUAUGUUUCAUACAAAAGUUUUGCAACCCCCGAACUAAAAUGUUUUGCGUCAAAAACAAGCACUUAGUUCUUUUUCCACUUUUAGUUUCGUCCUCUUUCCAGAAUUUUGUGUUGAUUUCUGGGUAUCUUGUGUCACUGUGUAUGUAGUGGUGCCGAUCAAAUGAUGAGUGGCAGUGAAAACAUGUCAAGGAUGACGCAUCUCCUUUUUUUCUUUCUUUUGUUUUGUUUGUAAUAAAACUGAAUGAAAUUAUAA